AUGGAUUUGAAAUAUCUUGCCAUUCUCACAUUCAUUGUAAACCAUGUAGUAUCAUCGAAUAUUACAUCAGCAGGAGGGACGGAUGAAGAAGGAGCCAGCGCUCCCAAAAAAAGAAAGACUGAAACUAAAUUUCGGUAUCCCAAUAAUAAACUAGUCUCUGCUCUUGGACAAGUGGGACAUAUGAUUGUUAGUCACUUGCCCCGCGAAGAUUUAAGGAAUCUUAGCAAGGCAAUCCCCGUGAUGUCUGAAUAUAUAAACUGCGAGUUAAACCGUCGACGCAGAAUACUGCAUUACCGGGAUGGUGAAAUAACCCCGUCAUAUUUAAAAAAUGCUUUGGAACACCGAAAAUCCUUCGCGGGGCAUCAUUGGACACCGACUCAUGCUAUUUUGUUUGGUGGAGAAAAACCGAUCAACGUAGUAGCCGCGGCGUACUGUCGUUGUUCAGUGCUGAUUUUCACGUCUCACAAAGAUCAUCUAAAAAUACAGGAGAAAAUCGUACUUGCAAAUGACCCAUACCACCCCGAUGAAACAAAAGGAGGUCCAAUGAACGGAGUGGUCAUCCCAUACGAUUUGCAUUUAUCCUCGUACGAUCACCAUACUCUCGUCAAUACAGACUUUCAUGAAUGGCAAAAAAACCGUAUGUCAGGUGUCAAUUACCUGAAAAUCCUUGAUGGUCCAGUGAAAUUGGCCAUUGUGAUUAGUAACGAUCUCAUAUAUACUGAUAAAGGCGCUGAAAGUGAAGCACUGGAUGCAGCCAAAGAUAUUCGAAGGAGAGUCCGUAGCGCGCCAAUUUGCGUUGUUGCUCAAUCGGAUAAUCGGGAGAAUGCUGCAUAUAUCAAUCCGAUAGGGACUGGCAGAGUGUUAAUAUUUCAUGGAUCAGAAGUAAACGUGUCGACCCUUUCCGUAAAUACAAAUAACAGCGAAAUGCUGAAAAGAAAGUUUGAAGACUGGAAGAAGGAAUUGCUCUUCUUUAACACUCACCAAGUAAUAGCCUUCCAUUUUACUGUGGUCAAUGGCACUGAACCAGAAGAUAGCGAAAAGAUAUUCAGAAAUACAUUCCCAGACAUUCCGCUGAGUACGUUACGUUUACUUGAUGAAUCAUCGAUGACUGGAGUUAACUAUGAAGUUAGAACGGAAUUUAUGAAAUUUCAUCUCCAUGUCGGUCCUAUAUAUGCAAUUGUUGGUUUUCGAAAAUUUGGUGAAGAAAAUCCAGUUACGGAAGAUCUCUCCGAGGAAAAUGAUUGA